CCGUCCCUAUCAGAACUCUAUGGACAAACCGAUUUCUACAUUGGUGUUGGCCUCGCCAUAAGUUCAUGUUUCUUUAUUGGUUCCAGUUUUAUUAUCAAGAAAAAGGCAUUAAUGCGCCUGAAUCGUCAUGGUGAACUUCGAGCAUCAGCAGGGGGAUUCGGUUAUUUAAAGGAGUGGAUAUGGUGGGCUGGUUUAUUGACAAUGGGCCUUGGAGAAGCAGCAAAUUUUGCCGCCUAUGCUUUUGCACCAGCCUCAUUGGUAACGCCCUUGGGCGCAUUGAGCGUCAUUAUAUCCGCUGUUAUGGCAUCACAAUUCCUCAAUGAAAAACUCAAUUUACUUGGAAAACUAGGCUGUUUCUUGUGUAUAGUGGGAUCAACGAUUGUCGUCAUACACUCACCGAAGGAAAAAGAAAUCGAAGAUUUAGAUGUACUGUUUGAAAAAUUGCAAGAUCCUGGUUUUAUAUUCUAUGUUAUACUCAUUAUUGGCUCCACAAUAUUUGUGGCAUUUUUUGUUGCACCCCGACACGGUCAUAAUAAUGUCGUCAUUUAUAUAUUUUUAUGUUCCGGCAUUGGUUCCUUAACGGUAAUGUCAUGUAAAGCCUUAGGUUUAGCGAUACGUGAUACAAUUUCCGGUAGAAAUGAUUUUGCCACUUGGAUGCCAUGGUUUCUGAUAUUGGUCACCGUGACAUUUAUUGCCAUACAAAUGAAUUAUCUCAACAAGGCUUUGGAUAUUUUCAAUACGGGCAUAGUUACACCCAUCUAUUAUGUAAUGUUUACAACACUGGUCAUAACCGCAUCGGCGAUAUUAUUUAAAGAAUUUACCCAUAUGCGUUUUGAGGAUAUUCUAGGCGAUAUCUGUGGGUUCCUUGUAGUUAUAAGUGCAGUAUUUAUGUUGAAUGCUUUCAAAGAUAUGGACAUAUCGUUGAACGAUGUGCGCGGUAUUAUGCGUCCAAAAAUGCAAAAACUAAAUCAAUACGAUGAUGAAGUAAUGGUCGAAGAUGAACCAACGUUGAAAGAUCGUCGUUAUACAUAUGGAUCUGGUGACAUAUAUCGUAUGGCAUGACAUAAUAAGCAACGUUAUCAA